AUGAUCCCACACCAUGCCCCCAAGCCUUCCGUUGCAAGGCAAGGCAGUCAGUCUAGCCAAGGAAGCCAAGGGGGCAGCGUCUGGCUUGCCGAUUGCCAGCAGUACCGAAACGUCAUCGAGAGUCUCGCCUCGUCCGAGCCUAGGUUGAGACGUAGAGACCCCAGACUCGAACUCAAGAACAUACCUUGGCCCUUCAAAAACACCAGAAUCGCCGUGCUUGAGUCCCCAUCCGCGGGCUCUCCCUUCACCAGAAAGCCGUGGCAGUGCGGCGACCCAGCAAAGUUCAGACUCUCCUUGACCGACGAAUCACCCGCCUCAGGCCCAGAUGGACGCCGAAUCAUCAUCAUGGAGGGCCAAGCCCCAGCCCACAUCGGCACCCUGGGCACACACUUCAACAUCCACCCCGCCUUCUUCGUCGACCACGAACGAGACAACGCCCCCGAAGCCUUCAAGUCCAACGACGCCUACUACAACAUCUCGCUCCCAUGCGUCCAAAAAGAGCAUGUCACCAUGAGAUACUACCAGCUCAUCUCCCUUCCCAACGAUCUCCAAAGCAACUUUCGCGUCUUUUGCGCAGAAACCGGGCGCACCGUCACAACAACUCGAAUCCUCGGUAAAUUCGCCGACACAGUCUGCCUCCACAGGAAGUGCUCCAUCUGGCGGCGCCCACGAGAAAAUGGCACAGGCUGGGAUUGCAUCGUCAUCACCGACCCCCCCCUCCGAUACGUAGGGACCUCUUACGAAGCCUACAACCCGAUCCCCGUCUUCCCCAUCACGCGCUUCCACCAGGGGGGGUACCCCGACUUCAUCCCUCACCAACGACAGAUGAAGAACCUCCACCGCGGCGGCCCGCCCCGAACGACACUCCUCGACGACUUGUGCUUCUACCUCGAUCACCACUGGGAUUUAUUCGACAGCCACGGCGCCGACCUGGUCUUGACCCUCGCGCAAAAGAUCGUCGCAAGCCAUUACCGCCAACACGUCGGUUUUUUGCAGACGUACAUCUCUCACGUGCAGCACAGCAUGUCGAGGCAGGAGAAUCUCGAGUACUUCAACACCACCGCGGUAGAGAAACAGUGGUCAGAUGUGCAGUCGUAUGAGCGGAGGUUGUCGUAUUAUUGUAUUGAUCUCGAGUCGAUCAUGAUACAGUGUCGGAUUCCGUUUCAGGCACCGAACGUUUUGUCUGGCAGUGGUUCGUCUUCCGAGGCAGAUUUUCAGUUUUUGUACAUGGCGUUGAAGGAUGUGAGGAGGAGGGUCGAGCUUUUGAGCAGCAGUAUCACUGGGCUGGCGGGGAUGGUGGGGAAUAGGCAGGCGGUGGAGGAGCAGGUGUUGAGCAGGCAGGAGGCGACGAGCGUCAAGGCGUUGACGGUGGUGGGGUUGGUGUUUAUACCGCUUGGGUUUGUGGCGAGCUUGUUUGGAAUGGAGGAUUGGUUUGCGCCCGGGGGGGAGAGGUUUUGGAUGUAUUGGGCGGUUGCCGUGCCGGUUAGUGUGGUGGCUUUUGGGCUGUAUUUUUUUGCAAAGGUGGUGAGGGGUGGGGGGAUGGGGAAGCGUAGGGUAGAGGGGAAGGGGAUGUGUUGA